AUGUUGCUCGUGCUCACAUCGCUCAGAUGCCAAGAAUGUGGUCGAAUCGUCGAGGAGGGCAUCUUGAUGUCCGAGGUGGGAUUCAGCGAGGGAGCAGGAGGAAGAGUUCACGUUCAAGGAACAUUUGUGUCCAACUUUUCGACUGGUAUUCCUGGAUUUAGAGGACGAGCUAAGGAGGAGACGGCACACCAGGUUAAGACGCAAGGUACACAACGGAUCAAAAUGAUAGCGGAAGAUAUGCGGAUCGAAACCAAGACUGCCCAUAUGGCUGCAAGAUGGUUUGGAUUGGCCGUCGAUCACAAAUUCACUCGAGGUCGACGGACGGAAUACAUACUCGCGGCUUGCAUUUACCUACAAUGCAGGUUGGUCAAGGAGAAUGUCAUGCUCAUCGACUUCAGCGAGAGAUUGGCAGUGAACGUCUACGAGCUCGGUGCAACUUAUCUCCGGCUUCGAUCCACUUUGAACCUCCCGGAAUUAUUGCCUGAGGUUGACCCCGCAAUCUACAACAUCCGUUUCGCCAAACAUCUCGAUUUCCCAGAAACAGCAAUUGAAUCCAAGAUCGCUACUGAUGCUUCACGACUUGUUCGACGAUUCAGAGCAGAUUGGAUGACUCAGGGUCGUCGGCCGGCCGGAGUCUGCGGUGCCUGUCUCGUCAUUGCUUCAAGGAUGAACGGAUAUCUCCGGACACCGGAAGAAGUGGCCCAAGUCGUCAAAGUCUCUCCGUGGACUAUCAAGCGCCGUCUUCUGGAAUUCGCACAGACGUCAAGCGCCACGAAGACGGUAGAUCAGUUUAGUAAGAUGGAAGAGACAGCUUUGGACGAGGGACUCGGGGAGCGCCCGCCUUCUGUCAAACAGCGGAAAAAGAAAGACGAGAGGAUCCAGAAGCUGAAGGAGGCUCUGGCCCAGGAACAGCGGAAACGAGAUGGAGAGCUCGAUGAUGAAGCAGAAGCGGAGGGCAGUAGGCGAGGCUCGGCGGGUGAUGAAGCUGAAGAUUCCGAUGAUGAGAAUACAAGAGCGUCGAGAGGCCGCAGAGGCAAAGGCAAGGAAAGGACCAAUCCCUCUACAAUCGACGAUGUUCAAGAUGCGAUCCAAGCAGCGGCAGCAGAGAUAGGUCAGAUGGAUGAAGGCGCAGAAGGAGACGAACACGACCUCGAGGCGAUGGAGCAGGAGGAUUACAUGGCGGAGGUGUCUGCAGCCCGUGAUAAUCCUGAAGAGGUCGAAGCGGAGAGACGUCGAGAGGCCAGGGCAUUCAAAGCGAGGAACAGGGCGGCCACGGCAGCUGCUUCUGCAGAUUUGUCUGGCAUCGACGAUUCAUUGGUUGGUGAAUCGACACAACUGGACUCCCUUGCAGACACCUUUCAACACCAUGCUGAGAAACCUGAUGAACACAUGGGAGAAUUCGCAGGAGGCAUGUCUUCCGAGGCAAUCUUCAACGCUUUCGACAAGUGGGACGACCAGGACGCGACCCUGAAUUACCUUGGAGAACGUAUCUUUGCCGAGGAGAAGCGAUUGCUCGACCUGAACGAUUUACAGCUGAGAGAACGAGUUAAAGGCUGGAUGGCAGGUCGUGAUCCGAAGGAAGUAUUGCUAGAGCUGGAGUGCUGUGAACGCGCCAGAGCGAAGCGAGAGUCGGACGCGAAGCAGAGACCAGAGACUCAUUUCCCGGAUAUAGAUGAUCUAGAGCUGGAGGGGUACUAUGUGCUGGAGGACGAGGAGAUGAAGUUGAGGGCUAGGAUCUGGCUCAAUCAUAAUGCUAAAUGGCUCGAGGAGGACAAGGAGCGACAAGCUAAGAAAGCCGCUUACGCCAAAGCUCGAGGCCUGGAUCCAAACAAGCCAAAGAAACGCAAGAAGCGUGUACCCCGUCAAGGUCCCUUCACUUCGACCAAAGAAGCUAUCGACACGUUUGCGUCUACCAAAAAGUUUUCUUCCCGUCUCAAUUACUCGGUUUUGCAGAACCUCGGAUUGGCCAAGGACGAAGUUACUUCGUUGCAGUCGUUUGAUGACGACGAAAAGGAUGAUGAGAAGGAGGACGAUAUGGACGAGGAUGACAAGGAUGGUGAGUGUCAACUUUUCUCCUGUUAUGGCGCUAAUCUCUCGCUUGUAGAGGAGAUGGAGGAGGAUGAUUAG